AUGGCAGGACGACGCACACACCACACGCAAACGAAGAAGCUCAAGCAACGCACACACGACACCACCACGGCAGCAAAACCCACCCAGAACACAUCAGGAGAACACCGUAUCAUCGAGACGGCCAGAACACAACAAACCCAACCACAAACAGACCAUGCAUUCAAGAUACAUACUGACAGCAACUUCCAAACCUCAGACGCACGGCCACCUCAGCUUAGAACAAGGGAGACAGAGAUCGAACCGCCCAGCACUAACACAGGGACAUGGAAAUGUUACCCUUACCUCAUAUAA